AUGUUGACUGUCCCAUCCCAGAAAGGAAACACCCAAGAGCCGAUGAACCACCGAUGCCAAAAAGGGUCAGCAACUCCCUGCGUCAAGUAUGGCAUGACGGCGCGCUCUAAAAAGGGCCUCAAAACUCAAAUUAGAGGACUAUUUUCUGAUGACCCCAUAAAAAAUGUACCCCGCACGAACUUCAUCCCGCAGUCACGCACGCGGAGAACUAGGCGCGGUGGUGCCAGUGAUAUCCCCCUCCACAUUUGCACAAGUGUGGAGGGAGUGGAACGCAAGCAGCUGGCGCUGACAGAGCAGCGUGCAUGGCAAGAACUAACGUCAAGGCUAGAGGCGGAGUGGAAGCGAUAUGAGAGGCAGUGUAGUCGAUCACUGUCGCGCUAG